AUGAAUAGAGAUAAAGAUAAGGAUAAAGAUAAAGAUAAUAAAUUUGUAAAUAAAAAAAAAUCAAUUACCGUUGUAGGGUAUGAUUGUGAUACAGAGUAUAAAUUGGAGGAUAAUGUUAUUGAAAUGUGCCACACAGUUAAACAAAUUCAAAUGGGUCAUACCAAAUUUAGAAAUAAUUUAGGUGGUUGGUUUAUUUUUAAAGGGGAUGACAUAUACCACAAAAGAGAAGAUAGGAUUAUAGCAUCAAUAAUUAAAAGAGAUUUAAAUAACAUCACAAUUUGCUUUCAUGAUAUUAGAAGCUACAUAUUAGAAGUUAUUUUGGAAUAUUGCCAUUUUCAUUCAACAAAACUAGCAUCAUCAAAUCCAUUUCAAAUAAUGGCAUAUAAUAACGAAUUUUUAGAAAGUAGACAAAUGAAUAUAUGCGAAAUAGCUUCUGCUUCAUAUUACUUGGAUAUAAAAUCAUUGGUAUCGCUAACAAGUAAAGAAAUUGCAAUACAGAUUUCAAAAAAGAGUUCAGAAGAAUUAAAAGAAACUUUUUCAAAUUUAGAAAUCGAUGAAAUCAAUGAAAUCAAUCGACAUUUACAAAAUGAUUUAUUAGAAUUUUUAGGUGAAGAUAAUAAAAAGUCAAAAAAAUCAUUAAAACAACAACAACAAAAGAAAGAUAAAGAAAAAAUAAAUAAUACUAAUAUAAACAAUAAUAAUAAUAAUAAUAAUAAUAAUAAUAAUAAUAAUAAUAAUAAUAAUAAUAAUGUUAAUAAUAAUAACAAUAAUAAUCUUAAUAAUAACAAUACCAAUAUUAAUAACACAUCAACACCAUCCAAUAAUAAUUUGUUAAAAAUUGAUAAUAUAGAUUAUACAGAUGAUAAUCAAAUAAGCACAAAAAUUUUAGAUUUUUAUAAUGAUAAGGAAGACGAAGAAGAGGAAGAAAUCGACCCAUGUCUACAAGAAGAAAUUGAUAAAGAAAUAGAGUUCUUUAAGGAAAGAUUAGAUUUAUUUUCAAAACAAAUGAAGCCUAUAAAGGAUAGACUAAUACUACCAUCAAAUACCUUUACAUCCAUGGCAUCAGUUGUAAAUAAUCAAUUUUAA